AUGAAGCUUUCUUAUUGCAUUUGUAUCUUAUUGCUAAAAUUUCAGCUCUCAUAUGUUUUAGUUAAAGUAUAUACUCCAAUACCUCAUCAUUCACAUAGUGCUAUAUUAAUUGGCAAUAAACUUUUUAUAUUAGAUGGUGAUGCUAAUAAUACUAGUACAGAUUUGUCUAAUAUUGUUGGUGCUUUUAAACAAAGCAGAGCAGCAGCAUCUGCUAGUAGUCCAAACAAGAACAUCAUUUUUUUAGUUGGUGGAGCAUUUGGGAAUUCUAACUAUGGUAUUCCUUUAAUUUAUAUAUUUGAUACUGUAAAAAAUGUGUGGAAUAUCCCUACUAUACAAGGAAUACAGCCACCUACACUUAUUCAUUUUGAUAAUCGAUUGGAUAUUUUAGACACUAUUAGAUUAACUUGGUCAAAAGAAUCUCAGCUCCAAGCUUCUAUACUGAGAGAUAGAUAUUCUGUUACUUUACUACCAAAUAGUAUUAUUGCCUAUAUAGGCAAAUUCGAUACUAGUAGUGGUCCUAUGAAUUUAAAAGAGGU